CCGUUGGAGCGAAAUUAAGUAGAGUGCCUAGAAUAAAUCAGGGAUAUGUGUCCAUGCGGCACAUCCUGCGUCAAGCCUUAUGUGCUGCCUUAUCACUCGAUACACAUAGCCCAGACGGACACACGAUGAGAUACACAGACACAGAACCUAAUAAACAGUCCCUCUAAAUGAUUCGCCGAUGAAGUGCGCAUUGCCGACAACCACAGCCCCAUGCACGCCUCUUUGUUGCAAUGUGUGGUGACCGAACAACAGGCGCAUCUCGCGGAUGUGCCGCGUUACAUGUAAUGCAUUUCAUCAUUUUUUCUUCUUCUUCUCGUCCUGUUUUGGCUUGCUGCUUGCUUGUUUCUUCUUCUCGUCCUGUUUCUUCUUCUCGUCCUCUUUCUUCUUAUCGUCCUCUUUCUUCUUCGCAUCCUGGUUUGGUUUGUUGGGAUUCGUCUUGGUCGCUGGGGAUUUCUUUGUGGUCGAUGGGGGCUUCUUUAGCUUCUCCUUGCUGCUCUUGUCCUCCUUUGGCUUCUCCUUGCUGCUCUUGUCCCCCUUUGGCUUCUCCUUGCUGCUCUUGUCCUCCUUUGGCUUCUCCUUGCUGCUCUUGUCGUCCUUUGGCUGCUUCUCCUUGCUGCUCUUGUCGUCCUUUGGCUGCUUCUCCUUGCUGCUCUUGUCCUCCUUUGGCUGCUUCUCCUUGCUGCUCUUGUCCUCCUUUGGCUGCUUCUCCUUGCUGCUCUUGUCGUCCUUUGGCUGCUUCUCCUUGCUGCUCUUGUCCUCCUUUGGCGUCUCCUUAUCCUUGUCCUGCUUUGCCUUCUCUUGUUGACGUUCUUGUUUAGCCUCAGCAGCCUUAGCGUCUCUUUCUGCCUUCUUCGUUUCUGAUAGACAUGACGGAAUCGAGAUAUCUAUAGAUAGACAGACAGGCAUAUGGUACCUUUUUCCUCUUGUUUCAGCCGCUGCUCCUCCUCUCGUUUGUCUCGUUUUUCUUUUUCACGGGCGUCUCUAUCCUCCUUUUUCUCUUCUUGGCGUUGUUGUUUAGCCUCAGCAGCCGCGUGUUCCUUGACGUCUUUUUCUGCCUUCUUCCUUUCUGAUAGACAUGACGGAAUCGAGAUAUCUAUAGAUAGACAGACAGGCAUAUGGUACCUAUUUCCUCUUGUUUCAGCCGCUGCUCCUCCUCUCGUUUGUCUCGUUUUUCUUUUUCACGAGCGUCUCUUUCCUCCUUUUUCUCUUCUUGGCGUUGUUGUUUAGCAUCAGCAGCCGCCUGUUCCUGAACCGCUCUUUCUGCCUUCUUCCUUUCUGAUAGACAUGACGGAAUCGAGAUAUUUAUGGAUAGACCGACAGGCAUAUGGUACCUUUUUCCUCUUGUUUCAGCCGCUGCUCCUCGUGCUUGCUAUGCUGUUCGUCGGCGUCUUCUGGCUGCUUCUCAGUGACAUCUGUUGUUGGCUGCUCCUCGGGAGGGGUCUCUUCUGCUUCAGGCUUGGGGGUCUCAUCCGCUUCAUACUGCUCUUCCGCUUUAGGCUGCUGCUCCUCGGUGGAUGACUUAGGGACCUCUUCUGCUUCAGGCUGCUCCUCGUGCUUGCUAUGCUGUUCGUCGGCGUCUUCUGGCUGCUUCUCAGUGACAUCUGUUGUUGGCUGCUCCUUGGGAGGGGUCUCUUCUGCUUCAGGCUUGAGGGUCUCAUCCGCUUCAUACUGCUCCUCCGCUUUAGGCUGCUGCUCCUCGGUGGAUGACUUAGAGACCUCUCCUGCUUCAGGCUGCUCUUCGUGGGAUGGCUCGGAAAUAUUUCUCGCUUCAGACUGCUGCUGUUCGGGAGGUGGCUCUGGGGUCUCUUCUGCUGCGGGUUGCUGUUGUGUGGAGGGCGCUUCGUUGUCAGGCUCUGGCUCGAGUUUGCCGCUGCUGACAUCCCCUUGAAUCCCUUCGAGUUCUCCCGCGACCUUCUGGCCUUUGUCGGACGGCGUCUCGGAGCAGUCCAAAUCACUGCCUUUCAGCACGAUGGGCUCCUCGCCAAGAUUAAGCCGCUGUUUCAGGCGUUGUAUCAAAGCUUUUCGAGCCCGCUGAAAUUUGAGCACCUUCAGGUAUUUGUGGAGUUCUGGGGGGAUGCAUUUCUUGAUGAACGAAGGGACGGGCCAGAGAGAUUCCUCGGUCAGCUCGAAAGUCUCCGGCACUGGCGCUUCAACCUCUUCUAUCUCUGUCGCCAUCCCGGUCGUCUCAGCAGGUUUCCCGGUCUCUUCUGGGUCUGCAUGCACACACGUCCACCCAGCGAACCCACGCGUAGAGGCGAGGAGAGGCAGUUCACUUGAGUGGCCGCCAUCUCACCGUCGUAGUCCAUCAUUUUGCCAUGGAUAAGAGAGAUUGCUGUCUCUCUUCGACCCACUGCAAAACAAAGAUGAUUGCAUGUUACAGCGUUACAGCGCACCUUCGUCGGAUGUGCCGUUGCUGUGUACGCUCACAUGAUGGCAGAAGCGUGAUGCCCUCCCUUCUUCUCCUCCCCCUCAUGAAGCGUCGCACGAGAUGAGGGCUGCUCUCGUGGACUUGAAGGCACAUGGAUGCCGUGAUGCGGCUGUGGGCAGCAGUCCUGUUGUUGCUGCUGGUGGUUCUGUUGCUGCUGCUGAUGAUCGUCCCGGCGUAGCGCCUCCGCAGUGCAAUGAUGGCUUCUGAGGCCAUAGUCAAAGCAACGGCAAGAAGGACAGUCACUCCGAGCGGAAGGACCGCGGGCAUUGAUCAGGCAAGCGAGCAAGUGCUUAGCUCAGCGCACAGGGAUAGCAUUGAACAGCGGUGAACCCCGGGCUCGAUGGGGGCAAUAGGCGCGGCAUUUGAGACGCGCGUUGAGACGAGGAAUCCAUAUCGGUGGUCGAGCAAUGGAAUCGAGAAGGCAUGGGCAUUGAGGAGAGCCACACAUGGAGCAGUUCACACAACUGAAGCCUUGUUUCGG